AUGGCGAGCGUGUCUGUAAAUACACUUCAGAAGAAUCUGGAAGCAGCUACUCGAAAGUACCAAGACUUGCAAGAUGAUCUAUCCAAAGCAGUCGAGGCUCGGGAACGACUAGCAGCACAGCAGGUGGAAAGUGAGAACGUUAAGAAAGAAUUUGCGGGGUUGAAGCCCGAAAAUACCGUAUACAAGCUCAUCGGUCCCAUCCUAAUCCCUCAGGAUCAAUCAGAGGCGAAAUCAAACGUCGAGAAAAGACUGGAUUUCAUUACUGCGGAACUGAAGCGAGUAGAGAAUCAGAUCACGGAAAUCGGGGAACAGAGUGAAAGAGCGAAGACAGAGAUUGUGCAGAUUCAAACCGCGUAUCAAGCUCUACAACAGCAAAAGUCAUCUGAAUCAUCAAAGUGA